AUGCGCAGACAUGGCGUUUCGUGCGUCUCCUUGGCGACAGAGUGGAACCGGAAUGAUGGAGGAGCGAUGGAGAGGCGCAGAAUGAAUUAUGUAAGACAGUCGGUUCCUCCGUGUCCGGUUCAGGAUGGAAACUACCCGACUCCGGUGCAGCUGAUGGUCCAGUUCCUGGAGCAGGCGUCCAAACCGUCGGUGAACGAGCAGAAUCAGGUUCAGCCUCCAGCAGACAACCGCAGGAACCGAACCCUGAAGCUGCUGGCGCUGAAGGUCGCCGCACACAUGAAGUGGGACCUGGAUUCACUGGAGAAAGGACUGACCAUCCCAGUGUUGAACAUGCUGCUGAAUGAGCUGCUGUGUGUCAGCAAAGUGCCUCCAGGUGUGAAACAUGUGGAUCUGGAUCUGUCCGCUCUGCCUCCGACCACCGCCAUGGCAGUGAUCAUCUACAACCGCUGGGCCAUCAGAACCAUCGUGCUGAGCAGCUUUCCAGAGAAACAAACCAAACCAGGACCUCAUCAGAUAAACAUGUUAAAUAUCGUGCAGCAGGAGAAAGAAAUGACAGAAAACAUCCUGACUGUGCUGAAGGAGCAGGCGACCGACUCCAUCACCGUCCUGGAAGGAGCUCUGCAGCUGAAGAAGGACUUCUACGUCCACACUCUGAGGACUCUGGACCUGCUGGCCGCUGACGCUGCCGCUAACGGAGAAACCGAAUCCUCCACAGCCGGGCUUCAAAUCAGCGCCGAUGACCUGCGCUGUCAGGUGCAUUAUGAUCUGGGAGGUAUUUUCUUCCAACAAGGCUGCACCGACCAGCCAACCUAUGAGAAGGCCAGAGAUCACUUCAGACAGACCAAGGAGCUCUUGAAGAAGCUGGACUCGACCGUCCACGUCCACCUGGACGAGAAGCGUCUGGCCGGUUACUGGAACGCCUGCAGAGCUCUGACCGGAGACUGUGACCCCUGCGACCCCCAGACGACCCCCUACGACCAGAUCAACAGCCUGAUCCGAGCCCACAACCACCAGGCCGUCAUGGAAGCCUUCAUCAAAGACAACGUGUCCCGCAGUUUACCGAACCACUUCAGACGCUCGGUUCUCAGAGAGUUCUUGUACAAAGUCCAGCAGGGGUGAGGCCACAAAAACAUUCAAACCUGUUCACACACUGCAGUCAGACUGUAGACUUAGAAAAGUCUGUUUAUGUUGUUCAGAAAGCCGUGCACUGCUUGUUUCUUCAGAGCUUUAAACUGGAACAAUCUUCCUCGUGCAAUUUAAAAGUUCCCCCUCCACUGACAUUUGUAGGACAAAUCUCAAGACAUGCAUGUUUUCAAUGGCUUUUGGUAGUUUUUAAUGUUCUUAAAUUGAAGUAUUUUAUAUUUAUUUUAUCCUAGAAUUUGAUCUUACAAGUUGCGAUCCUGUUUUGCCUUGUUUUAGUAUUUUGUAGUUUUGUUUUCUUUCAUAAAAUUUUCAGAUUUUAUAAUUACUCCGCCAAGGAAGAUAGUGGAGUUACGAUGAUUAGUGUACGUUUGUCCGUCCGUCUGUCUGUCUGUCAGCAACAUUACUCAAAAACAGACUCAUGAAUUUGGAUGAAAUUUUCAGGGAAGGUCAGAAAUGACACAAGGACCAAUUUUAUCAGUGAUGCAGCUUAUAGUCUGGAUCCACAGAUUUGUUAAAUAUUUUUGUAUCAUUGCCAGAUAGCGGCACGGCGUCACUGUAACCAUGACAACCAGUGAACACUACGUCAGCUGCCUGCUGAUGAUCACAUGAUUGUGAUUCUACUACAAAUCCACCACUGAGGACUUAUCAGGACGUAUCCAUCAGAAAUGAUACAAAGAACAACUGAUUAAAUUGUGGGGGUGUUUCUGAGUCCCAUUAAUUCCCGCCGCUAUGGAAUAAAUUUCCUAUCAUAAUUCAAGAGCAUUUUAAAUUGAUCUGAGGGCAGCAUUUAUCGAUUUCAUUCUCAGAUUUCGUGAUAUUGUCUCUCAGAACUCUGCUCUCGCGCUCAAACUUGCUCUGCGCGUGCUCAAACUGUGUCCUCGCACUCGGUUACGAUGCUGCUCGCGCAGAUUUCUUGCGCUCCAACUCAAACUCUUCCUCUUGCUCUGACGGAACUUCUGCUCACGGAUCUCUGCUCUGCUCUCGGAUUUUUUGUGCAUCAACGCUGUCAACCAAUAGAAGGCCGGCUAGCUUUGACCAAUCACAUUAUCCCUGUUUGUAUACGGGUGCAUUCGCUGUUUUUCCGAGGAGCGUCGCAUAAGGGCGUGCACUCUUUCAACAGGUUUUAUCCACUCCGUAUUACAAACAGCACAAUAUCUCCCCGUAAAGUGUAGCAGAGUUGAUGUAAAUAGCAGC